UUGUGUUUAUUUCAAGAGUGAUCAGCCAAAGGGCAUGCAGUAAUAUAUGCCAAAAUGGCCGCAACCCAAAAUGAAGUUCAUUUCUGUGACAUACCCGAUGCCAUUCUCUCAAAUAUAUUUUCCUUAGUUUCUGAUACCCGUACUCGCAAUGCCAUGUCUCUUGUGUGCCGUAAAUGGUGCAAACUAGAACGAUCAACUCGCAAAUCCCUCGUUCUCCGUGGCAAUAUUCGUGAUCUCUACCUUGUCCCUGUCUGCUUUAAAGCUAUCACCAAUCUUGACCUCUCUUUGCUCUCCCCUUGGGGAUACCCUCUUUUAGACGUCUCCAAUCAACCACUUCUCCUUGCCAAAAUCCUCGGUAAUUCCUUUCCAUCAGUCGUUUCUCUAACCGUCUAUGUCCGAAACCCUCCAAUCCUUCAUUUACUUGUUCCUCAAUGGCCUAAUUUAACUCAUGUUAAACUUGUUCGCUAUCAUCAGCGGUUUAAUGCUCCUCUAGGUUCUGACUUUCUUGCAUUGUUUGAGCAUUGUCAUUCACUUGCUUCACUUGAUCUCGCUCAUUUUUACUGCUGGACGGAAGAUGUACCGCCAGUACUUGAAGCAUACCCCACCAUUGCAGCUUCUCUUUCUCAUCUUAACAUCCUCUCUCUUUCUGAGGGAUUUAAGUCCAAUCAACUUCUAGACAUCACUGGUGCUUGUCCUAAUCUCCGUGAAUUGCUUGCUACAUGUAUAUUUGAUCAUAGAUUCAUUGGCUUUAUUGGCGAUGAAACUUUGAUUUCUAUUGCUUCAAAUUGUCCCCGUCUUUCCCUUCUUCACCUUGUUGAUACCACAUCCUCAUCUAAUACCGGGGCUGAUCGUGACGAUGACGGCUAUGCACUUGAAGAUGCUAUGAUCCGCCAUACGGCACUUGGAGACUUCUUUACAGGUCUUCCAUUGCUUGAAGAGGUAGUUCUUGACGUUUGUAACGAUGUUGGAAACACUUGGCCCGCCCAGGAAUUGCUUAAUUCCAAGUGUCCACGGCUUAAGUCUUUGAAGCUGGGACACUUCCAUGGAAUCUGUAAAGCUUUAGAUUGCUGGCCGGAUGGGGUUGCUCUUUGCAGAAGGCUGGAAUCCUUGUCAAUCAAGAACUGUGCUGAUUUAACCGAUUCUGGAUUGAUUGAUAUUUCUCUUGGCUGUUCUAAACUCACUAAGUUUGAGGUUCAAGGUUGCAACAGGAUCACAGAAAUAGGAAUGUGGAACUUUUCUCACAUUCUUCGGAGAACUUUGAUUGAUGUGAAAAUAUCUUUCUGCAAAAAUCUCAGUGCUGUUUCCUCAUUGAAGGCUUUGGAACCAAUUCAAGACCAGAUACAACGAUUACACAUAGAUUGUGUGUGGGAAAGUGUUAACCAACCAGAAGGAGAAGCGAGCACCUCAAGCAAAUUACCUGCCGAAUUCAAGAAUUUCCAAACAGAAAAACGAAGCAUCAUAUCGGAAGAAACAAGCUCGAAUAAGAAAUCCAAACAUUCCGAUAGAAAUGGUAAUGAUUUCUGUUCUAAAAAUUGGGCCAAUCUGCAACAUCUUUCGCUUUGGAUUGCUGUUGGUCAGCUGCUGAUCCCAUUACCUUUAGCAGGACUACAAGAAUGUCCUAUGCUCGAAGAGGUUCAUAUAAAAAUUGCAGGUGAUUGUAGGUAUCAACCUAGACCUUCAAUGCCUGCAUUUGGAUUAAGCUCUCUUGUUUGCUAUCCUCAACUUUCAAAGAUGAAAUUAGACUGUGCUGAUGCCAUAGGGUUUGCACUUACAGCUCCCGUAGGGCAUGCAGAUUUGAGCUUGUGGGAGCGAUUUUACUUGAAUGGGAUUGAUGGUUUGAAUCUCAAGGAGCUCAACUAUUGGCCUCCACAAGAUAUAGAUGUCAAUCAGAGAACCCUUUCUCUUCCCGCUGCAGGAUUGCUUGCACAAUGUCGAAAUCUUCGAACACUUAUCAUCCAUGGGACGGCCAAUGAACACUUCAUGAUGUUCUUUCUCAAAAUACCAACUCUCAGAGAUGUACAACUCAGAGAAGAUUACUAUCCUGCACCAGAGGAUGAUACCACCACAGAGAUGAGAGUAUAUUCGUGUUCUCGAUUUGAGGAUGCGCUCAACAGGCGUCAAAUUCCUGACUAA